CAGGGAUUAGACUCUGACUCUUCUGAUUCACUUAUUCGCUUCCCAUGACAUAAGGACACUGGAUGAUCCCUUACCCCUUACCCAUUGCUCUGUCUUCUCUCUUCUUCUUCAUCAUCUCCUUACUUAGCCUCUCUGCUCUCCGUCCCCAUAGAGCCAGCCUGCGAGACCUCCUCACAGCCUACCAUCUUACCCCAUUAGGUUAAUUAUUAUAUAAGCCCGUGAGACAUUCACAUUGCCCACCAUGGCUGCCAACAACAUGCUUAACCCGGCCGUGGAACCAAGCCAAGAGGAUGAGCUCUUCGCCCAGGAGGUCGCCGAAGUCCAGAAAUGGUGGAGUGAUCCCAGGUGGAGAUACACGAAGCGGCCGUUCACCGCGGAGCAGAUCGCCUCCAAAAGAGGUAACUUGAAGAUCGAGUACGCCAGCAAUGCCCAGUCAAAGAAGCUAUGGGAUAUCCUCGAGGGUCGCUUCAAGAAUAAAGAUGCGAGCUACACGUACGGCUGUCUGGAACCGACAAUGGUAACUCAGAUGGCCAAAUACCUGGAUACCGUCUAUGUCUCUGGCUGGCAAUCAUCAUCUACCGCUUCCUCUUCAGACGAGCCUGGUCCCGAUCUGGCUGACUACCCAUAUACAACCGUGCCCAACAAAGUCGGCCACCUCUUCAUGGCACAGCUCUUCCACGACCGCAAACAGCGCCAAGAGCGCCUGUCAACACCGAAAGCUGAGCGCACCAAGCUGGCCAACGUCGACUACCUCCGUCCCAUUAUCGCGGAUGCGGACACUGGGCAUGGCGGUCUCACGGCCGUCAUGAAGCUGACCAAGCUGUUCAUCGAGAAGGGCGCAGCGGGUAUCCAUAUCGAGGACCAGGCGCCGGGAACAAAAAAGUGCGGGCACAUGGCCGGCAAGGUCUUGGUGCCUAUCAGCGAGCACAUCAACCGGCUGGUGGCGAUCCGGGCACAGGCUGAUAUCAUGGGCUCCGACCUCCUAGCCAUCGCCCGUACCGACGCCGAGGCUGCAACACUGAUCUCGACGACCAUCGACCCGCGCGACCACGCCUUCAUCAUGGGCAGCACGAACGCGAACCAGCAGCCCCUGGCGGACCUAAUGCUUGCGGCCGAGCGGGCGGGAAAGACCGGCCCGGAGCUGCAGGCCAUCGAGGACAGCUGGCUGGAGCAGGCGAACCUCAAGCGGUUCGACGACGCCGUGCUGGACGCCAUCAAGGCAGGCAGCUACCCGGACCCGGAGGGCCUGGCGGCGCGGUACCGGGCCGCGGUUACGGUGGCCGGCAAGCCGCCGCUGUCCAACGGCGAGGCGCGCGCGGUGGCGCGGUCGCUGCUCGGCGUCGACGUGCACUUCGACUGGGACGCGCCGCGGACCAGGGAGGGCUACUACCGCCUCAAGGGCGGGUGCGACUGCGCCAUCAAUAGGGCCGUCGCCUACGCGCCGUACUGCGACGCCAUCUGGAUGGAGAGCAAGCUGCCGGACUACGGGCAGGCCGAGGAGUUUGCCAAGGGCGUCCACGCCGUGUGGCCCGAGCAGAAACUCGCGUACAACCUCUCCCCCUCCUUCAACUGGAAGACGGCGAUGCCGCGCACGGAGCAGGAGACCUUCAUCCGGCGGCUGGCGGGGCUGGGCUACUGCUGGCAGUUUAUCACGUUGGCGGGCCUGCACACGACGGCGCUGGCGAGCGACACGUUCGCGCGCGCCUACAGCCGCGUCGGGAUGCGGGCGUACGGCGAGCUCGUCCAGGAGCCCGAGAUGGAGGCCGGCGUCGACGUCGUCCGCCACCAGAAGUGGAGCGGCGCCGCCUACGUCGACGAGCUGCAGAAGAUGGUCACGGGCGGCGUCAGCAGCACCGCUGCUAUGGGGAAGGGGGUUACUGAGGAUCAGUUCCGUUGAAGGGGGGGGGUGGGAUUAUACGGGUGUGAGAGAUGACGGUGAAGGUAAUUUGGCUUUUCGUUUCUUGAGGUAUAAAAAUACUUGGCUGGAUGCCGAGCCUGUGUGGAUCCAGGUAUGGUGUUGUUGAUUCGUUUGCAUGUUCUUCAGACAGGCACAGUGCAAGAAUGAGAAAGGGGAAAGUGCACUAUGUUAAGCUCCCUCCAUGUGGAUGAUCUCCCACUGUGAUGGCUGCUCGCCCCCUUCCCCCUGCUCUUAGAGGCUGCCUCAGCCGAUGAGCUCAAGCGUCCACGACUAGGUUUUGUAU